CUGUUUGGCAUUGUCCGAAUCCAGCUACUAAAAUCUUGGCGACAUCUACAAAGCUCAACAUAACAUAAACAUAAACCCACUCAAACCUUCACUUCUUCGUUCUAUCCGCCCCAAUCCCUUUUAUCUUCCUUCAAUUCAAUUCCAUUUCCUCCAAACGCUGCCGUAUUAACCGCCACGUAAUCAUUUUCCGGCAUCACAAUGUCGCAGUCUCUCCAUUUCUCGCCGAACCUCACCUUCGCCAAACAACCGCUCCCGAAGCUCCCUCACUCCAGCUCGCGGUUCUCAGUCAUCAACUACAAUACUAAAUCACUCUCAAUCAAAGCCUCCUCCACGUCAUCAGAUCCUAAUUCCAAAACGACGACGUCGUCUCCUCCUCAAGCCUUCAUUUCCGAUAACGGAACAGGAAACAGCGCCGCGUUGUUGCAAAACUAUAAUAAUAAUAACAAUAUUUCUGAUUCGAGUACAAUUGAAGUGGACGCCGUGACGGAGACGGAGCUGAAGGAGAACGGAUUUAGGAGUACGCGUCGGACGAAGCUGGUGUGCACGAUUGGACCGGCGACGUGUGGAUUUGAUGAGCUGGAAGCGUUGGCGGUCGGAGGGAUGAACGUGGCGAGAAUAAACAUGUGUCACGGGACACGUGAGUGGCACAAGAGUGUGAUAGAGAGGGUUAGGAGAUUGAAUGAAGAGAAAGGUUUUGCUGUUGCUAUUAUGAUGGAUACUGAAGGUAGUGAGAUUCAUAUGGAUGACUUAGGCGGUGCUUUUUCUGCUAAAGCCGAGGAUGGUGAAAUCUGGACAUUUAGUGUUAGAGCUUACGACUCGCCUCGCCCGGAACGGACAAUCAAUGUGAAUUAUGAUGGUUUUGCUGAGGAUGUGAAAGUUGGUGAUGAACUCCUAGUUGAUGGUGGAAUGGUUAGAUUUGAGGUGAUUGAAAAGAUUGGUCCAGAUGUUAAGUGCCGAUGUACCGAUCCUGGACUGUUAUUGCCUCGAGCUAAUUUGACUUUUUGGAGGGACGGGAGUCUUGUACGAGAACGGAAUGCCAUGCUCCCAACAAUUUCCCCUAAAGAUUGGUUGGACAUUGAUUUUGGUAUUGCAGAAGGCGUUGAGUUUAUUGCAAUAUCAUUUGUCAAGUCUGCUGAAGUGAUUUAUCAUCUUAAGAGCUACAUUGCUGCAAGGUCUCGUGAUAGCGACAUAGCUGUCAUUGCAAAAAUAGAAAGUAUUGACUCUUUAAAGAAUUUAGAAGAGAUCAUUCUAGCAUCGGAUGGAGCUAUGGUGGCCAGAGGAGAUCUGGGUGCUCAGAUACCAUUGGAGCAGGUCCCAUCAGCCCAGCAAAAAAUUGUUCAGCUUUGCAGGCAGUUAAAUAAGCCUGUUAUUGUUGCUUCUCAAUUACUUGAAUCUAUGAUUGAAUACCCUACACCCACCAGAGCAGAAGUGGCUGAUGUUUCUGAAGCUGUUAGGCAACGGGCUGAUGCUUUGAUGCUCUCUGGUGAGUCAGCCAUGGGUCAGUACCCAGACAAGGCAUUGGCUGUGCUGAGAAGUGUCAGUGUGAGAAUUGAGAGGUGGUGGAGAGAAGAGAAGCGCUAUGAAGCAAUGGAACUCCCAACAGUUGGAUCCUCAUUUUCUGACUCUAUUUCAGAAGAGAUUUGCAUCUCUGCUGCCAAGAUGGCUAACAAUUUGGAGGUAGAUGCACUUUUUGUCUAUACAAAGGAUGGUCACAUGGCAUCGCUAUUGUCUCGUUGCCGGCCUGACUGCCCAAUAUUUGCUUUUACGACUACGACAUCUGUACGGAGACGCUUGAACUUAAAGUGGGGGCUGAUUCCUUUCCGCCUGAGCUUUGCUGAUGAUAUGGAUAGCAACCUUAACAAAACAUUCUAUCUGCUCAAGGCUAGAGGAAUGAUAAAAUCUGGUGACCUUGUUAUAGCUGUUUCAGAUAUGUUACAGUCCAUCCAAGUUAUGAAUGUUCCUUAGACUUCAUUUUAAAUUGGUGAAGCCAUUUCGAAUUUUCUUCGAGACUUCUUAUCUAUUAAUAUUCUGUGUCGUUUGUUACUGGUUCUAUGAUUUGGUUACUGUUGGAAAGAUUGUUAUUGUUGCAGAGUAAAAGAGAAGUAACCCGAGUUUGUGUUUUUCACUUGGUGUGAGAACCGCUAGAUGUGGUUGAAGAAGGUCGGAUAGGUAACGUAGGUUCAUUCCGGUUGAUGAAGUUCGAGCUUUGGCAGGUAAUCGUAAUAUUAAACAGUAACUUUAUUAGGUUGAGAGUAAUGUGUUAGAAAAUGUAUGAGAGUAAAAGAGGUGUAACAAUGAAAAGGAUGCAUGUAAUCUUAUUUUAUUUAGCAGUCUGAUUUCUAUGUUUCAACAAUUGCUUAGGCAAAGCAUAAUCAAAAUAAGAUUCUUUUGAA